AUGGCCGUGACGGAAAAGUUGGCCGUGAUGGAAAAGAUGGACGUGAUGGAAAAGAUGGACGUGAUGGAAAAGAUGGACGUGAUGGAAAAGAUGGCCGUGAUGGAAAGGAUGGACGACCAGGGACUGAUGGGCGUCCCGGGCCCAAUGGGCAGCCUGGGCCAGAGGGCCGGCAAGGUCCCCAAGGUAAUCCAGGACCCAUGGGGCCUGAUGGACGAGCUGGGGCCAACGGCUCUCGGGGCCCACAAGGAGUUCCAGGGGAGUCAGGUCCUUCUGGACCUCGUGGACCUCGAGGUCUACCAUGCGCGGAGAGUCCAGCAGAUUCAGAAGGGUCGUCAUACGGCGGCGGACGAUGUGGCAUUGGCGACAAAAAAGUUGUAG